GGGGGGGGGGGGGGGGGGACCGUCGAUGGGUAUGCCGGGUGCUGCUGCGUGCUGGUGCUGCUGCUUGUCUCUGCGGUGCUUUUCGUUUCUGAGCAAGUCCACGGCGCGGCCUGUGUCUGCUUCUGCUUCUGCCUCUGUUGCUUCUCAAAGCUAAGGUAUGACCACCUUGCGCACCUCUGCUGCUGCUGCUGCUGCACCUCUGUGCUGCCUCCUUGCUCAGAGUUUUGCUGGCGAGCUGUCGGCUGUUCCUAUUCGUCGGUUGGAGCUCUGUUGUGGAUGGCUGUGUUAUGGCGCUAGCGUUCGGUGCCCAGAAAUUAUUGACAAAAUGUUAUUGCCGGAAUGUUGCGAACUUGGACGCGGCUGCCGAAGUUUACCCGAGCCGCAUCGAAGGAGCCAGGAACCUUGAGGUGCUUGGCCCGGGCGGGCUGUGAGUGAGUCUGAUGAGCGAGGCAAGAGAGCCUGCCGCCCAAGACGUAAGUACAUGGCACUCGCCAUGUUACAUUGUUCAGAAUGCCAGAAAUGAGGCACGAAGAAGGAGAAUGACCUGCUCAACUCGAGCAAAUCGCCUGGAAUCCAGGAGACGCCGUGGCGGCAAAGAAACACAUACCUUGAUCCAACCUCCAAGUGAGGCUCUGCGACGGAUGCCAGCAGCAGGCUUCAGCCAAGCUCGCUGUACUGCAGCAUGAUAGCGAAGCAAAGUUCAGAGAACAAUGGAAAGUAGCCUUUUGGUCAAACUGAGCCCAAAUGCAGCCUGUCUUGGGUCGUGGAGGUGAGUGUUGUCAUCUUGACAUGAUCGUUGCUGAUGUUGGCCUUUG